ACAGACUCUGAUGGCUUCUGCGACUGCUUCACAGCCUUCUCCUAAAAGAACCGUGGCCUCUCAUGUGCCUUUCGCAGAUCUGUGUUCUACUCUGGAGCGGAUACAGACGUGUAAAUCUCGUCCAGACAAAACCAAGUAUUUCAAGGAGUUUCUGGAUUCCUGGAGGAAGUUCCAUGGUGCUCUUCAUCAAAAGGAGAAAGAUGUCACAGAUUCUUUUUAUCCAGCUAUGCGACUUAUUCUUCCACAGUUGGAAAGAGAGAGGAUGGCUUAUGGAAUUAAAGAAACAAUGCUUGCAAAGCUGUACAUUGAACUGCUUCAUUUACCAAAAGAUGGAAAAGAUGCUGCAAAGCUUUUAAAUUACAGAACACCUGCUGGCUCACGUGGGGACGCUGGAGAUUUUGCAAUGAUUGCAUACUUUGUGUUGAAACCUAGAAGCCCAAAACAGGGCAGGCUGACAAUAGAACAAGUUAAUGAACACUUAGAUGCAAUAGCUAACAAUAAUGUUGCUAAAAACAAGGGUCUAUUAAAGAAAAGUCUUCUCCAGUUGAUUACCCAGAGCACAGCACUGGAGCAAAAGUGGCUUAUCCGGAUGAUUAUAAAGGAUCUAAAGCUUGGUGUCAGUCAACAAACUAUAUUUUCCAUUUUUCAUCCUGAUGCUGUUGAGUUGCACAAUGUCACAACUGAUUUGGAAAAAGUUUGCAGACAACUGCAUGAUCCCUCUGUCUCACUUAGCGAUGUUUCUAUCACGUUGUUUUCUGCCUUUAAGCCAAUGCUUGCUGCUAUUGCUGAUGUCCAGCAAAUUGAGAAACAAAUGAAUAAUCAGACAUUCUACAUAGAAACUAAGCUGGACGGUGAACGUAUACAGAUGCACAAAGAUGGAGAUGUAUAUAAAUAUUUUUCCCGAAAUGGAUUUGACUAUACUCAGCAGUUUGGUGCUUCCCCCCUUGAUGGUUCAUUAACACCAUUUAUUCAUAAUGCAUUUAAGAACAAUAUACAAAAUUGUAUUCUCGAUGGUGAAAUGAUGGCUUACAAUCCUGAGACACAAACCUUUAUGCAAAAAGGAAACAGGUUUGACAUAAAAAGAAUGAUGGAGGACUCUGAUCUGCAGACUUGCUUCUGUAUAUUUGAUGUAUUGAUGGUUAAUGAUCAGAAGUUGGGGCAUGAAGUACUAAGCAAAAGGUAUGAAAUCUUAAAUAGUGUAUUUACACCAGUAACAGGCAGGAUACAUGUUAUCCAUAAAAGAAAUGCCAGAACAAGAAAAGAAGUAAUUGAUGCUUUAAAUGAAGCAAUAGACAACAGAGAGGAAGGGAUUAUGGUGAAAGACCCUAUGUCCACCUACAAACCUGACAAACGUGGGGAAGGCUGGUUAAAAAUCAAGCCAGAAUAUGUCAGUGGGCUGAUGGAUGAACUGGACCUUUUAAUUGUUGGUGGCUACUGGGGGAAGGGCUCACGUGGUGGGAUGAUGUCUCAUUUUCUGUGUGCUAUUGCAGAGACACCCCGUCCGAAUGAAAAACCUACCAUUUUCCACACCAUUUGUCGUGUUGGCUCUGGCUAUACUAUGAAGGAGUUGUAUGACCUAGGUUUGAAACUGGCUAAACACUGGAAGCCCUACCAUAGGAAGGACCCUCCCUGUAACAUUUUGUGUGGAAUUGAAAAACCUGAAAUGUACAUUGAACCUUGCAACUCUGUCAUCGUUCAGAUCAAGGCAGCUGAGAUUGUUAACAGUGAUAUGUACAAAACUGACUGUACUUUGAGAUUCCCCCGAAUUGAGAAGAUAAGAGAGGACAAAGAAUGGUAUGAGUGCAUGACUUCAGACAUGUUAGCAGAUCUCAGGAGCAAAGCAGAAGGGAAGCUGGCAUCUAGGCACCUUCAUGUAGAUGAUUAUGAGCCACAAGAGAAAAAAAGGAAAACUGUAUCAAAGGUGAAAAAGAUAAUUGGAAUAGCUGAGCAGUUUAAAGCUCCUGAUCUUUCUAGUGUUAACAAGAUUUCAAAUGUAUUUGAAGAUGUUGAAUUUUGUGUUAUGACAGGAACGGAAAACAACUCAAAGCCUGAACUGGAAAGCAGAAUAGCCGAAUGGGGUGGCAGCGUGGUACAGAACCCAGGGCCAGAGACUUACUGUGUCAUUGUAGGAGCUGAGAAUGUCAGAGUGAAGAACAUCAUUGCUUCCAACAAAUAUGAUGUGGUGAGGGCAGAGUGGCUUCUUCAGUGUUUUCAAACCAAAAUGCUGGUGCCUUGGCAGCCAGCCUUUAUGAUUCACAUGUCUCCUGACACAAAAGAACAUUUUGCUCGUGAGUAUGAUUGUUAUGGAGACAGCUACACAGCAGACACAGAUGUUACCCAACUCAAGGAAGUGUUCUCAAGAAUGAAAGCCAAUAAGGUUAUGCCUUUGGACGUGAUUGCAGAGUUAGAAGAACGUUACUCAUGGAACAGCUGUCAGCUCAGUAUAUUCAGAGGAAACAUUAUUUAUGUGGACUGCUAUGCUGUUGUUAAUGAGCCCAGAACCAAAAUCCGUGGAACAACACUAUCAAUUAGAGCUUUGGAGCUGCGUUUUUAUGGUGCAACAGUAGUCUCUCACCUUGAAGAGAGUGUCUCCCAUGUUGUUAUAGGAGAAGAUCACUCACGGGUGAAAGAGAUAAAGAAACUCAGGAGAAGAUUUGGGAAAAAAUUUAAAAUCGUAUCCGAGCUGUGGGUAAUAGAGUCAGUGACAGAAGAAGUCCCAAAGAAUGAAAAUCAGUACUUAAUUUAA